AUGGCAGAAACUCCAGAUCAUCUGUUUCUUCAAUGCUCUUUCUCUAAAGUUGUUUGGGCCUUAAUCCCUUAUGUUCAUCUAGUGUUACAAGAUGCUAAUUCUGGUUUCGAAAUAGAUGCUUGCUUAAGUAAAUGGAUUUCAGCAAAUAAUGACAUGACUAUGAUGUGUCAAAUCCUCACUACUGCUUGGACCAUCUGGAGAGAUAGGUGUUUCAAAAUCUUCCAAGGAAAAGUGUUGAAUGUUGUAUCUACAAUAACUUAUGCACUGGAGCUUGCAGAAGAUACAAUCCAGUCAAGAACAAGUGGCAUGCGUCCUCCUACAGCACAAGCUUCAAUUACUCAUCAAACAUACAUGAAUCUGCCAGUUAAUUGUAUGAUGUUAUAUUGUGAUGCUUCAUACAGGAAAAACUUUACUGAUAUUGGCAUUUGCAUUUAUCUUAUUGAUGGCACAGUGAACUAUAGAGGCUGCAAAACAGUUGCAGGGAUAGCUAGAGAUCCCGAAGAAGCUGAGUGUUGUGCAAUCCUUGAAGCUGCUAAGAGGGCAAGAAGCCUGGAUUUAGACAAAAUCUGCAUCUACACUGAUGCCAAAAAUCUUGUUUCUUAUUUACGAAAUAAAGCUAACCAGGUUAGCUGGUUUAGUAGUUCUAUCUUAGAUGAUAGUCUUUUUAUUCUGGACAAUUUCUCUUUUCAUGAAGUUAGACAUACCAGUAGAAAUUCUGUCUCUGAUUAUGUUGCCAAACAUUGUAGGCGGUUCAGAAGUUCUAAAUAA